AUGCCGCCGCUCCAGAGAGAUCCACCGUUUCCUGGUGGGCCGGUUGAGUUGUCACUUAUGCAGCAUUACCCGGAUCACAUAGCGCCGUGGACGUGGCAUACCCUACUAGGCACCACUGACCCUCGUUAUUCUGAGCGAGGUGAUUUGAGGCUUGCCACUGCUGGUACGAAGCUCGGGCUGAUGACGUGUGAGGGGGACAAUUACAGGGAGGUCCGCUUGAUUGUGGAGAGGAGCGGACUGUAUCCACUGGUCAGGUGCAGCUAUGUAGAGACGGAUCCAGGGCUUAUAUCGGCCCUUGUGGAGAGGUGGCACGAGGAGACUAGUAGUUUCCACAUGCCAUUUGGGGAGAUGACUGUCACCCUUGACGACGUCUCCGCUCUUCUUCACAUCCCGAGACCUGCGCUUUGCUGUUAG